UUGGUUCACGUCAACCACUGCGUCACCAUCGCUUCUCGUCCUCUCUCCGGCGAUCGCCGGCGGAAAGCUCGUGAAGAGUUGAUGGCCGUCCUGUUGGUCUUGGGGUUCUGAAUAGUUGAGAAGAGGCUCUAGCGAGAAUUUGUUUUUAGUUUUGAUUCUUUGGCUCAAUUCUUCGGCGCAAUUCUUGGUUUUUAAUAAUCUCGAUGGCGGUGGCCUUAACGAGGAUCUCUUGGUGGCCGUUUGGACGGAAGGAGAGCAAACCGGCGGCGCCGGCGAAUCCGUCGCUGAGUUCGUCUGCAGACUUCGGAUUAGGGUUCCGAGAGCCGGACUCGUUGAAGUUCCCGUCGGUGAAGGGACCGGGAAUGAGGUCCUCUUCAAGGAGGGUCAAGAAGAAGUGGCGGAGUAGGGAGGAGAGGAAGAUUGAUAGGGAGUAUGAUCUUGUUCUUGUGCCCUCUGACGGUGGCUGCUUGUCGGGGUCUGAGUCUGAUGAUUCGGACUGGUCUAUUGGUUGGCUGGAGCCACAUUCUGCUGAUUUCGUCAGUGAUACUGAAUCGGAGAACAGUUUUGCUGUCCUUGUACCAUGCUAUGGCCGUGGCCGCUGUGAGAUGGUGGAGAGCCCCAAACAUCACUUGUUUGGUGAGGUUGAUUUUGCAAAUGCAGGUUCUUCUGAUCUCAAGAACUAUUUGGAGCCGUGGCCAUCUUCUCGCCCAACCGUAUAAUGCCUUAAGCUAAUUUCAUUCUCAGCUUGGCUCUUUCAAAGAUGCUUCCUUAUCGACAAUCCUAAACUUUUAGCAGGAUAUAAAAUCCCAACCUAUAAAAGAAAAAAAAAAGAAAAGAAAAAAAAAAUCACAAGAGAUAGGUGGAAGAAGGUAUGUGAAAUUACCGAACUUUCUUAUUUCAUCAUCUCUUGCUUUGCUUAAUCACUUAUAUAACCUCCGGCUUUUCAUUCUCGAACUCUGGAUUUACUUCCAUUAUGUACAUGUAGAUAUAUGCUUUAGUGUGCAGACAGAUGUUUAUGUAAAUAUAUGAUGACUUAAUGUAAGUAUCGAAAAGAAGUAUCGAAGCUUAUUUCAUGAUCUCUGUCUUGAAAGGCCAAACUGCUGCUAGUAGCCUGUAUGUAAGACAGCUUUUCUGCUCUAUGUAUACAAAAAAAUUUAUCA